GCAUCAUCUUCCUUCUUGUCGGCCAGAAGCAUACCUACGAUCAUGGCAACAAGUUUCUCAGGCUCUGCAUCGGCAGAUCUAUACAUGUAGAUUCUUCAAUCCCCAUCGAAGACACCAAACGGAAUUAUCGCAGUCAUCAUGUGCCGAGGAACCUACAUCGUCUCCUACUCGUGCGGCCAUGUGAUCUACACGCCAUCCGUGUGCCUGCAAGAAGUCGCGCCCCACUAUCGAUGUGAGCCUCGAGGCAUGAAGAUUACGCAGCCUCCCGCGAGAUGUGUGGAAUGCUAUUCUCGCGAGCUAGAGCCGAAUCAGAAUUUGCCCACGAGCGCGAGAUUUAAACCGGACUUGAAUGCGAGGGAGAAUAUGGAAUUCGAGGCACGGGUGACUCACCUUGCUCGGGAUAGUGAGGAGUCUUCGAGAAGUAGCGCUGAUAGUCAGGCUGUGGCGGAAAUUGCUAGAUGGGUCAUGACACUUCCAUCAGCACCACUUUCGCCGAGUGCUGCGGAACAGACAUCGUUCAUGAGACUGUGAAAGGUGAUUUUUUUCUCACCCCAAGGCUGCAGAUUUUAGAUGCACAACAUACAUACUCAAACCAACCAUGUAUGGAGGAACCGCCAACAAACAUAGUGCGCUCUUGCGCUUGCUGGCUGAUCGCUGAAGUCUAUGCCUUGGAAGAGGAGCAACCAAAAACGUGGCUCAGACGCAUGUCGAAGCCAGGGGAAUCAUCAUCAUCAUCAUCAUCAUCAAAACAGGACCUGGAACUUCGUGUUCGUGAUGUGCUUCCAAAUCAUUAAGAAAUUUCUUAUUUCAUGCAUCACAGUCAAUCUGUUUCUUGACAACUGACUGAGCUCAUGUCAACCCUGGCAACAAAGCAGAUGAAGUCGGUCAGUCAGUCAGUCAGUCAGCCAGGUUGUUGGUUGGUUUGUGCGCCGACGCCCCCUUGUGUCGACCCCAGACUCGAGGGUCUUUCUCGGAGGCCGGAGUGAACGAGCGAGCAGAGCGGCCAGAGCCUUUCUCCUUCUCUCUCUCAAUAUAUUUCGGUGGAGUGAUCCGGCUCCGGAAAUUGUCCUCAAAUUGCCUGCCCGUUCGCGGGGGACCAGGGUCGAGAAAUAUUUGGUCGUUUGCCGCAAAACAGUCUACAGUCUACAGUCUACAACUUUGUCUGUCUCUUGCUCCGAACUCUCCAGAGCCACUGGAAGCAUAGCUCGAAAAAGCUGUGAGUUUUCCGUCUGCGCUGCUGGAAGGCUAGCUAGCUACUACUAGUACCUAGAGAGAGCAAGCAUCCAUAGACUACAUCGAGAAAAUGGAGGAUAUUGCCUUCUCUCAUCAAUCAGCCCCGGUCGAGAUUGGUUGGUUGUAAUUGGGGUAAUUGGGGAGGAGAGUCUAACCUUAAAAAAAUUACUUUGCUUGUUAUCGAACAUUUUAAGGGAUUUAUCAUCUAUCGCUGCUAUAUCAUAUCAUCAAAUAUCA